AUGCCUUAUGUGUGCCUUAAAAAAUUUGCAUGGCGGCAUGUUUGCCCUAAUGAUUGCUACUGAUAAUGUGUCGGGGAUCGGAGAUAAUGGCUCCAAAUGGGCGAAAGAAUGAGAUAGAGAUAAAGAAAGCCGCCUUGUGCUAGGAUUUUAAGCCACAUUUAUUUAUUGCCCAUUUGUGAUUCAGUUGUGGUUCAGUGCUUUGUGCCACGAUAUAAAUUAUACCCAUGUCAAUGAUAAAGCCCACACUUUUCGACUGGUUCUAGUUCUAGGUUGUAGUUCUGCCUCUGCGUUUGCCCCUCAUUCCCCCAUCAGAAUACCAUAUCCACGCCAUCUAGUAUUGACUCGAAAACAGCCCCGGAAGCAGUGUGUUUUUAUAGAACAGACUACAAAAAUAUCGUAUCUAUUGAUGGGAGGAAUCCAUCACGUCAAGACAUUUCUUAGUUCUUGAGAACAAAGGAUCGCAAAUGUACAGUGAAGACUCUCUACUGAGCGGACACUUGCAACAACACCAUAGAGAAGGCUAUAAGGUGGAGAAGGGGGAACAAAGCUCUGUUUCCGAUUUCUUUUUCCGUCAUUUAUCAUUCGCGUCGGAGUACCCGCCCCAGAGAGAAGCACAACAAAAGCAGCAGCAGCAGCACCAGCAGCGUGCAUUUAACCCAGUUAACAGAAAAUACACAACAGAACCGAACCGAAGAGAACAGAAGAAGGUUAAAAGAACACACGAACAACACCAACAACACCAGCAACAACCAUCCAACAGUCAAUCAGAGAUCCAUCCAAAAAUAGAGCAGCAGGAAAAGGGAGGAGAGGAGAAGAGAGGAGCUUACUAAAAACAAACAAGCAAACAA